AUGCAACUGAUGCAACGUGCUUCGCUUUCCUACAAGGUCCUUGAGACGUUUUGCUUGGAACCGUCAGGUCGCAUAGACGAAGAGCUGAAACGGGCUGCAAGAGCGUGGGCUAGACGACAGCAGCCGCCUGUCUUGCUUAGAGAUUUCCGUUCAGCCAGGGAGACUGCGGCUGGGCUUGAGACAGUGGCAAGGUGCCGGAAGUGCGAAGCGUGUGAGAAGCGGUACCGGUUUCGGUUGAUAUCCGAGAAAAACGGGCUGAAGCUGGAAAUCUCCAGUGCCAGAGACUGCAGUGGUGUGCCGCGACUGGCGCGGAAAGGUCGAAAAAGCAAGGAAGAAGCAGCCGGGCCAACCGUUGAGGAGCGUGAGGCUGCCAGAGAGGCCAUGGACAACCUGGCGACAAGAGGGUGUCCAAUCACGGCCAAAGCCGUUGCCCUCAAGAUCUCUACUCAGUCGACUCGGAUCAAUCCAGCCACUCUUCGCAGCAUGGUCAGGCAGCGGAGGAAAACUUUGGGGACCAGCACCCAGCGUUUCAGAGAGAGCGCAGAGCAGUUCGAGGAGUUUGCAGCGCUUCGCAGGGAUCGAUCCCAUCACGUGCAAUUUGCUUCAGUGUCUUUGGGUGCAGCGACAUUCAGCUGGAUCGCAUUUCUGGUUCCUUUCCUAGACCGCCUGGAGGACUUGCACAAGAAGCACGGCUUUGUGCAUUGGGCAGCCACGACAGACUGGACCACCAGGGUGUGCCACAUGGACUUUCAGUACGGAUUCAUUUGCGCUAUUUGCUUCAAGCUUCUCGGCAACAACUGGCUGAAGGGUGCGUUGCCUCUGGUGGCGUGCUGCGCGCCGCAGGAGGCCAAGGACAUCUACAGCCAUGCGUUUGUGUGUCUUCGCGCAGAGCUUGUCAGAAGAGGUAUCCCACUGCCCAGCAGUCUACAUGCAGAUUGGUUUGGAGGAGGUUGUCUCCGCGCACCAUGGCAGACUGUGAUGGGACAGAAGAGUCGCUUUGUGUGUGGAGCUGAGCAUAUGACCCGUGCUAUCACUCGCAACAACCGCAGAGGCAACAACCAAGCUGCAAAGGAUGGCUGCGCAGAGGCUGCAGAUGUGGAGCGCAUCGUCGGGGCGCCGAAGAAGCGG